AUGGGGCCUCCAAAUUUCUUGGAGCAGCCACGAGAGCUCAGCUCCUACACCUGCAGAGCGGAAUGCUCGCAGAGUUCAACGGGGCAGGCAAUACUCGGCCAUCCAGGCACGUCCUUUUGCCCCUAUGUUUGCGAGAACGGUGUUCAAAGCCUUCGUCUCAAAACUGAAAUGAUACAACCUGUUUCCUCCCACGAUCCUUAUUUUAGCAGUCGCAAAGGCAACUUUCAGUCCAAGCACACGUCAUACGAGCACAUUCUUGCGACUGGUGGCCAGGUCUCUAACGGAGCAAUUGCCGUCUCUUCAAUCAACAACACGGAUGGUGUGGGAGCGGGUAAGGACAGCUACACCCAAUACUGCGGCGAUGGCUCCAAGUUUCCCACUCGUUCUGCGUGGGUAUCGUUUGAGAAUAUGUUCAAUGACAACAAGCAAAUCAUGUUCUCCUCUUGCUCUCAGUAUUCACAAGCCAAUGACGAUGGACCCGAGGUUGGAUCCAUCUACAACGCAAUCCAACAAGUUGCUGUUGAGACCAAAGUUGACCAUCGCUUCAUCCUCGCCAUCAUCAUGCAAGAGUCGGGCGGCUGCGUUCGCGUACCCACAUCAAAUUAUGGCGUUCGCAACCCUGGCCUCAUGCAGGACCACAACGGCAAUGCUACCUGUAACAGCGAUAUUACUGGUGUAGUGCAAAAUCCUUGUCCCCAAGAUGUCGUGACUCGCAUGGUUCGCGAGGGCUCCGCUGGUACAAACGACGGCGAUGGCCUGGCUCAGUGCAUCAACGAAUCCGGCAAAGAUGAUGUCACGGCAUUUUACAUUGCGGCGAGACUCUACAACUCAGGCGCGGUCGACGGCUCCGGCGACCUCUGCAAGGGCAUUGCGACACACUGCUACAGCUCAGACAUCGCCAACCGCCUCACUGGCUGGGUUGAAGCACCUCAUGGCUGCUCCCUAGAUGGCUGA